CGAACUCCGUCGACGCGAUUUAGUUGUCAUUGGCUAUGACUCAGCUCGGUCGGAUGUGGUGGCCUCCACUGCUGCAGUGGCUGGUCGUUGGAUUAAUAACAAGUAAGCCAGUUCAGUCCUGGAGCUUUGGGCCAGCCCAAUCGAAUGAUAAUCAGGAUACGGGUAGAGUGCCCCAGCCCAGCGAUGUGGGUAGCACGACCAACCACACGAUACUCACCAGGCAGUUGAUUGUGGGCACCUUGCAGCCACCGCAACUUUCGCCGGGCACCUGGCCACCUGUGCCCUCCAUAGUGAAUCCCGGAACCACCAGCUAUUGCCAGUGCGUUCCACCCGGAUCCUGCGCCAAUCCCUUGCCCACCAUGCCCAGCGAUGGCAGUGGUCAGCUGGACAUAAGGAUAGUCAAUAAUGGGGGAUAUCCGUCCAUUCCGACCACCUCUGCCACGCUGACCUGCAAUUACGGACUGGUGGCCUGCUGCCAGGCUGGAAGCUAUCAGUGUGGUCGUCGCUUCCCACCUCCACCCGGCUCCUCCACCGCAGGAGCGGGUCAAGCCAGUUUUGGGGCCUAUCCCUGGCAGGCGGCUCUGUUAACAACCGCGGAUGUUUACCUGGGCGGUGGGGCUCUGAUCACCGCGCAACAUGUCCUCACUGCCGCUCACAAGGUCUACAAUCUGGCGACAUCCUCCUUUAAGGUUCGUCUGGGGGAGUGGGAUGCCAGCAGCACCAGCGAACCCAUUCCCGCCCAGGAUGUGUACAUCUCGAAUGUGUACGUGAAUCCCUCUUUCAAUCCCAAUAACCUGCAGAACGACGUGGCCAUCCUUAAGCUGUCCACCGCCGUCUCGCUGACCAGCAAAUCCACGGUGGGCACCGUCUGCCUGCCCACCACCAGCUUUGUGGGUCAGCGAUGUUGGGUGGCUGGGUGGGGCAAGAAUGACUUUGGAGCCACUGGGGCCUACCAGGCCAUCGAGAGGCAGGUGGACGUGCCCCUGAUUCCCAAUGUUAACUGCCAGGCUGCGCUUCAGGCCACUCGGCUGGGCUCCUCCUUCAUCCUCAGCCCCACCAGCUUCAUUUGCGCCGGUGGUGAGGCUGGAAAGGAUGCCUGCACAGGCGAUGGAGGUUCCCCACUGGUUUGCACCAGCAAUGGGGUGUGGUACGUCGUGGGUCUGGUGGCCUGGGGCAUCGGCUGUGCCCAGGCAGGAGUUCCGGGAGUGUACGUGAAUGUGGGCACCUACCUUCCCUGGAUUCAGACUACGCUGACCUUAUAGUGAAUAGUUUUUGUUACAAAUAAAGUGCGUUUAUAUGUACGUUAAAAUUGUGGGGAUGAAAAUAAAUUGGAGUGGUUUUAUUUCAGUAAAA